UGCGGCACUACCUCACUCCGUCAACUCUUUAUUUCCCCAAACGCUUAUUCUUUUCUUCACUCCCACCUGAAAACCCAAAAUGACGCUGCCCCCACCGACGCAAUCGCCGUCGUCUCUCUGCUGUUUCCUACUGGCACUUCUCUUCUCAUCAACCUUCCUUCACCUCGCCGGCGCUCACCGCUCUUCUUCCACUCUCUCCUCCACUGUUUUGUCCGAGUGGCGUCCCGCUCGCGCUUCCUACUACGCCGCCACCGAUCCACGAGACACCGUCGGAGGAGCCUGCGGCUACGGCGAUCUCGGUAGGAGCGGGUACGGCCUGGCUACGGUUGGGUUGAGCUCAGCCCUCUUCGAGAAGGGCCUGGCUUGCGGCGGAUGCUACGAGGUCCGAUGCGUGGAGGAGCUCCGGUACUGCAUUCCAGGAACCUCCAUCGUCCUUACGGCUACAAAUUUCUGCGCUCCUAAUUACGGCCUCCCCUCCGACGCCGGUGGGCUGUGCAACCCCCCUAAUUCCCAUUUCGUCAUGCCCAUUGCCGCCUUCGAGAAGAUUGCUAUCUGGAAAGCAGGAAUCCUCCCAAUCCAGUACCGCCGGAUAAAGUGCAUUAGGGAAGGAGGUGUGAGAUUCACGAUCCAGGGGCGGAGGUUCUUUGUGGCUGUGCUGAUUAGCAACGUGGCUGGGGCCGGAGACGUCACAGCUGUGAAAGUUAAGGGAACGGCGACAGGUUGGCUUCAGAUGGGAAGGAAUUGGGGGCAGAACUGGCACAUUGGCGCUGAUCUGCGAGGCCAGCCGCUCUCCUUCGAGCUCAGUACCAGUGAUGGCGUAACUCUUACCUCUUACAAUGUUGCUCCCCAUGGCUGGUCUUUCGGCCAGACCUACGUCGGCAAGCAGUUCCCUUUCUGAUUCAAACUUAGUUUCUUUUCUUGUGCAUUAGUUCUUACUAUCACCAACGUAAUUAAUUGUAUUAUUGUUAAGUAGUUUAUAGAAAGGAGAAAAUACAGUUCUUACAGUAUUCUUCGGAUUUGUGUCUGGAAUCUUUGGUAGAGUGUUGAUUGUUUAUUUGUUCAGAAAUGCUAUACUGUUCGACAAAA